AGCAAGAUAAGAUACAGCAAGACAGACGGACAUUCAAUUGCUGGUGCCAAUCUGACGAAUAGAAUGAGAGACCCUGGACUUGGGCGUCCGGACCAGGCCCUUUGUAAUCUCAGGCUUCCUUCGUUUGCAAGGUUGCACCAGUUACUCCCAAGGUCGUCCGUCUUUAAAAUAAGUCUUUGAUGCCACCAACCUCUCCCCUCCUCAGCUCGACCCCGUCGUCGGCCCAUGUGUUUGUGUGGCUGUCCCGGUUCAUGCAACUCGUAGACGCUACGCCUUUUGGCAUAUUCCCCCCGCAGCCAACCAGCCAGCAGCCCAACCCAAGCAGCAACAACAACAAGAACAACAAAAAGCACGGCUCCCAUGGCUCCCUUGGGUUGCAAACGAACCCUUUCCUGGUCGCUGCAGGCGAAGGUAUCCCCGUUUGACACAAUCUCCACAACAUGCAUAGUUUUGGUGCGCGAAACAUGCCUUGGAGGAACGACGGCCUGACAGACUCACGAUGCCGCCGCAACAGCCCGCCUGCCUAUCCCUGGCCAACAAAUUCAUUCAUCAACCCACUCAGCACUCAUGAAGGUGGCCCCCGGUGAGCGCAUCGUCAAGGUAGCCUGCCCUGCCAUACUGGCAGCUCCCCUCGAUGGCUGAAUACACACGCAAACACACACAUACACACUGCUCCGCUGCAGAAGGUGGCUGCAAAGGAUGAGCAAUCCGGCUUGCCAACCAGCGACCACCAGUUCAACUUACCUUGCCAGAGCGCGAACAAAACGCCGUAUCAAGUCGAGAGACGUCGUCCUCGGCAGUUCAGCGUCGCUUCGUCCUUCCGUCAAGCAGGCAGUCGCCAAAUGCCGUCCCGGUUGACUAGACCGAUAGACCGCUGCUGCUCGUCCUCCUUCCCGCCCUCUCCCCGACUUGCCGGCCGGCAGAAGACACUCCGCCGUCACACACGGGCACGCCGCACGACCACCAUCAGGUGGGGGGCUAGCAGGGUGUCCGUACGGGUGGGUGGGCGGGCUGGCGACCAGACCAACCAAUGUCGGUUGGUGCAAGCCUACAUCAAUACCUCACUCAGUCCCUCUAUUGUCGUCGUGGUCUCGUCAUACCUUGUCAGCUUGUGUGAUGAUGUCACGCCAUUUCAUUCCGUUAAUUCUUUCUCUUCCCGCUCGUUACUCGGUCGCAGGCAGAGUGGGACUGGACGGCUGAGGGUUUGGAAGGGCUCCCCUUAGGGAGGGGGGCUUUGAACCUAGAGCAUUGGUGCCGGGCCGCUUGUUCGUCCCUGGACAAACACGGCGGAGGCCCAGCCAUGCUCCCUCUCGCUCGGCGUCAUCUUUUACUUCUACUGCAGUGACUCAUAUUCUCACAUCCAUCACCUAACUUAGCCUCUUGCCGUCGUACGGCAGACGUCGUUUAGCGUUGGACUUACGCCUCAAUCCGCUCGACUCGGGCAAUGGACGAGACGAGAGAGAGCCCCAUGAUUUGAGUACCGACAAAUGUCGGUAAAGCGUUCAGUGGGAUUUCUGGUCAGCGUCACACGUCAUAACUAGUUCCAGCUUCCCCCUCCUCACCACCAACUCCCCCUCUCCCUACUGAGCACCCCCUCUCCUCACCCCCCCUGCCAAAUGAAUUUUACUGACUUUCAGACACGAGGCACGAACAAGGACCCCCGCGGCUUCGUCCUGGGGAAGACCAAGACAGAUAGACAUCCAGACAACCCAGCUCCCGAAAAGGACGCUUAUCGAUUGGCUCGGACACCCUUUUCGGUCGCCUACCUCGCCUCUCAUUCGCUUUCCAAUACAGCGACAUCCCCGCGACGAUCCUUGGGACCCUGGUUCGCGCUAAGAUAAAGCGUCGACACUACCACUCUCUCGCCCGCCGCUUUUCUUUGUCGGUCCCAUCAUCCAUUAUCCAUCAUCCAUGUCUUGUUCUCAGACUGCCUGUACAAGUACACCAUCCGUACACUACAUCGUGCUGCGCAGGCUUGCCGGUGGACUCUCCGAACUCCCUGUCUGACUACCUGCCUGUCGCCUGACCAUUUACAGAUCCACUACCUGUACGACUGAACGAACCUUUUCUUCCCUCUUCCUGAGUGUCUGUAACUGCGACCGUCAAGCCUCGUCGUCUGGCUUCUGACGUUCGUCUCAUAUCGCCCUCCACUGCAGGGUUCCGGUACCUCGUCAGGGAUGUAGUCGCUUCACCCACGCCGCCGUUGAGUCAGGAACUUCGCCCACCGCCAGGCGUACCAAUCCAUGUCGGAUCUCGGUGCACUAUUGUCCAUAGUCGCUCGAGGGCGCCCUCAUCAUGUACCAGCAAACUUUCUAUUCAUUUUGCGUCGGCAACCUUUUGCCGCACGCACGACAAACACAACCUGGCCGUGCGGUGAGGGGGUUGGUCGUCACGAAUUCGACCCUCGGUUCUUGACCUACCCGCAAGGUGCCAUGUCGACGGCCACGAGAAGCGAUGAAGCUUGCCCGACGUUUGGUUUCGCGAGGCUUUCUGCACCAUCGACAUCGCCUAUCAUCAGGCUCGUAGGAGAACAUUCUUGGCAUAUAUAUCAUCACCGCCUAUUCUCUCCGAUCUUUGAACCUAGUUUGGCCCUUUGCUUGCACGACACCGAGGUCCAAUGGCCCGCGCCUUCACAAUCACCCCCCCCCGUCAUGUAGCCCACACGUCACAUCCCAGCAUUGCGUGGUUUCGAGCAUCAAAUGUUUUUCACGGCUGAUCUUAUUCCAUGUUUUCAUCACCAAUGGCGGGCCGACACGACGAAUGCGGCAAGCUGACCGGCGGUUUGACAACCCGACAGAACAUGGCAAACGAAGAGGCAUUAUUGCCCCGACCUUGCUCUAUUGAUGUUUUAGCCGACUAGCCUGGUGUUGUAUGGCAUGUCAACAGUCGCCCAAUGGGUCUUGCUCUCAAGUGCGGGCAACCCGUGCAUGCCAUUCCCAGCCCGCGCGCUUGCAGCAAUCUCUCACCAGCAAACGCCAUCAUCGCUUUGUUGGCUGUGGUAGCCUCCUGUCGCCUGGCCUGUCUCGUACAUGCCCCGCACCGACACAAACGGGCAAACUGUGUCAAACUUGAUCUGCCCGAGGCUGUUGGCUGUUCCAUGGUUCGUUACUCUCGGGUUGUCUCCUGCUCCGAUUUCAGGUCCGCCGACGACCGACGGCUGACUCGGAACCAUGCCUGGAUUGCGCUUGGCGGGCCCAGCAGGAAGAAUGGCGAGGCCGCCGCCGGUCACAUACUCCCCCGACUGAUGAUGUCGGACCCCAUCGCUUUCGGCUUUGUCGGCCCUGAACCUCCGCGGCGUCGCUCACCUCACCACACCUUGGCGUCACGAAGACUACAAGGGUGCAGGAUACCUACAUCAACCCCAAGCAAGGGCCGAGACCGGCUGCGGACACAAGACGGGCUCGUCGUCCUGUUGCUAUUGCUCCGAGGUUUCCUAGUGUCCCUUCCCUCAACCACUCUGAUUUGACAUCUGGCGAACAUGACACGUUCCAUUGAACGUCCAUGAGCGCAUAUGGCGCAUGCCCAACAAGUCCUACGCCUGCGCUGGCAGUGAUGACUGCUGCCAUCGCACGGUUCUUUAGGUGACGGGAGUCGGGGCCAAAGUACUCAGCAAGCUGUUGUGGCGCACAAUCCUGAAGUGACGGGACCAGCGACCACCAAUGCCAUUUCAUUCAAGAGAAGCGGAUGACUUUGGGGACCGAGCAUGCACUCGAGAUCUAGACUUUGUUUCGUUCCCUUCUGGGCUGGCUGCUACAGGGGGAAUCCCAGAUUGUGCCCCUAAAUCGAUGCUACAUCAUCGCCGUUUGAGCCGUGGCCCGGUUCAGUAUCUCUCUGGAAGGGCCACAUGGACUAAAGCCAUCCAAAAGGACAAAGGAGAGACGUUGCUGAGGCUGUUCCAGUAAUGCUAUACGGAAUCGUAUCGUUUCGCCUCGGAGCUGGGUGGCUCAAUGUCGACCUGAACGGAACCCCCCGAGACGGACUAUGCCCUUCACAGCAGAAUCCCCGACAUCAAAACAAUGUCCUUGGUAGAGAUGGCGAUCAACUUCCUCGGCCUAGUUUCCGGCGCCUUGAGCUGUACUAUACCUCCUCUUUAUCCCGGUACCGAGCACGCCCCGGAGGAUGCAACCUCGUCCUUCGCCAGGGAGCCCGAACGAAAUGCGAGUGGUGGCAGAUGCUUUAACCCAAUGGUUCCUCUCGGUGGCUGUGGAGAUAUAUUGACCGGGGCCGGAGUUGGGCGUCGUCCUUGAAAAUGGCCGUAGUAUCGACAGCGGUCUCGGGCCGCGGAUCUGCAAGACUGUAUACGUCGAAGCCUGCCCCAACGUCAAUAUCUUUAGGUCGGACGAUGGCAUCCAUGGCCGGGCUGCUGUGAGCGCCCGUUAUUCAGCUUGCAUUUCAGUAAUGAAAUGAAGGAAGUCCGAUUACUUGCGCGUUGGCUAGUAGCCGGCUUACCGUCGCAUGCGUUCUCGAGGAAAUCCAGGGUACAUUUUUCUUCUCUUCUGUGGGGUUGAGGAUCAACAUGCCAACGGCGUAGUCAUUCUGGCCGUGGCUGUUUGAACAAUCGUCAGUUGGCGCCUGGGCAGGCAAGCGGAGGUGGCAUUCGCGUCCGGGCUUUUUUCCCCUUUCUUUUUGUAGGUCGGAAGAUGGUCAUGAUAAUGUGUCCCGGCAACCCUGCUGUUCUCCCCAAGGCUAGCUAGCUAUCUUAGGCGUCGGUAAGGUUCUCUCCCGGAACGUAGAUGUGCUCGAGGAUGCCACGGUGGCCUCGGCCCCUCGUCUUGUUGUCUUCGCUCUGCGCCCGGCGAGCCGCGUUUCUCCUGCCGUCGUAAACAAGUCCCAACUAUGUGACCUCGGGACCAAGAGCCCCCGUUUCGCCUGCAUC